CGUGUGUCAACGGCGCACACUGAUUGGACAGCGGGGAAGCCCGUCAGCUUAUUGGCGCCGCUGGUCCCGCCCCAUAGCUCAGGGCAGCCUUUAACCUUUAGCCCCAGCGGGCGCCAGCCACUCAGAUCGCUUCUUGUUGGUAUGUGUAGCGGCAGUGGCCGCCGGCGGAGCAGUCUGAGCCCGACGAUGAGGCCGGGGACUGGAGCCGAGCGUGGAGGCCUCAUGGUGAGUGAAAUGGAGAACCAUCCUUCCUCGCGGGGUCCCGGGGACGGGGAGCGGAGAUUGUCCGGCUCAAGCCUUUGCUCCAGUUCUUGGGUCUCUGCUGACGGCUUCCUGAGGAGACGGCCCUCGAUGGGGCACCCUGGCAUGCAUUAUGCCCCAAUGGGAAUGCACCCUAUGGGACAGAGAGCAAAUAUGCCUCCUGUACCUCAUGGAAUGAUGCCACAAAUGAUGCCCCCUAUGGGAGGGCCACCAAUGGGACAAAUGCCUGGAAUGAUGUCUUCAGUAAUGCCUGGAAUGAUGAUGUCUCAUAUGUCUCAGGCUUCCAUGCAGCCUGCCUUACCGCCAGGAGUAAACAGUAUGGAUGUAACAGCAGGUACAGCAUCUGGUGCAAAAUCAAUGUGGACUGAACAUAAAUCGCCUGAUGGAAGGACUUACUACUACAAUACUGAAACAAAACAGUCUACAUGGGAGAAACCAGAUGAUCUUAAAACACCUGCUGAGCAACUAUUAUCCAAAUGCCCCUGGAAGGAGUACAAAUCUGAUUCUGGAAAGCCUUACUAUUACAAUUCUCAAACAAAAGAAUCCCGCUGGGCCAAACCUAAAGAGCUUGAGGAUCUUGAAGGAUACCAGAAUACCAUUGUUGCUGGAAGUCUUAUUACAAAAUCAAACCUGCAUGCGAUGAUUAAAGCUGAAGAAAGCAGUAAGCAAGAAGAGUGCACCACAACAUCAUCGGCCCCAGUUCCUACAACAGAAAUUCCGACCACAAUGAGCACCAUGGCUGCUGCAGAAGCAGCAGCUGCUGUUGUUGCAGCUGCCGCCGCUGCAGCAGCAGCGGCUGCUGCAGCCAAUGCCAGUGCUUCCACUUCUUCAAAUACUGUUGGUGGAACUGUUCCAGUUGUUCCUGAGCCUGAAGUUACUUCCAUUGUUGCUACUGUUGUAGAUAAUGAAAAUACAGUAACUAUUUCAACUGAGGAACAAGCACAACUGACUAGCACCCCUGCUAUUCAGGAUCAGAGUGUUGAAGUAUCCAGUAAUACUGGAGAAGAAACGUCUAAGCAGGAAACCGUAGCUGAUUUUACUCCCAAAAAAGAAGAGGAGGAGAGCCAACCAGCAAAAAAAACAUACACAUGGAAUACAAAGGAGGAGGCAAAGCAAGCGUUUAAGGAAUUAUUGAAAGAAAAGCGGGUACCAUCCAAUGCUUCAUGGGAGCAAGCUAUGAAAAUGAUCAUUAAUGAUCCACGAUAUAGUGCUUUAGCAAAGUUGAGUGAAAAAAAGCAGGCCUUUAAUGCCUAUAAAGUUCAGACAGAGAAAGAAGAAAAAGAAGAAGCAAGAUCGAAAUACAAAGAGGCUAAGGAAUCUUUUCAGCGUUUUCUUGAAAAUCAUGAGAAAAUGACUUCCACAACCAGAUACAAAAAAGCAGAGCAAAUGUUUGGAGAAAUGGAAGUCUGGAAUGCAAUAUCAGAGCGUGAUCGUCUUGAAAUCUAUGAAGAUGUUUUGUUCUUUCUUUCAAAAAAAGAAAAGGAACAAGCAAAGCAGUUGCGAAAGAGAAAUUGGGAAGCCUUAAAAAACAUACUUGACAAUAUGGCUAAUGUUACAUACUCUACUACGUGGUCUGAAGCCCAGCAGUAUUUGAUGGAUAAUCCAACUUUUGCAGAAGAUGAAGAGUUACAGAACAUGGACAAAGAAGAUGCAUUAAUUUGCUUUGAAGAGCACAUUCGGGCUUUAGAAAAGGAGGAGGAAGAAGAAAAACAGAAGAGUUUGUUGAGAGAAAGGAGACGACAGCGAAAAAAUAGGGAAUCUUUUCAGAUAUUUUUAGAUGAAUUGCAUGAACACGGACAACUACAUUCUAUGUCAUCUUGGAUGGAAUUGUAUCCAACUAUUAGUUCUGACAUUAGGUUCACUAAUAUGCUUGGUCAGCCUGUUUUUUCAUUAGGAUCAACUGCCCUUGAUCUUUUCAAGUUUUAUGUUGAGGAUCUUAAAGCACGUUAUCAUGAUGAGAAGAAGAUAAUAAAAGACAUUCUAAAGGAUAAAGGCUUUGUAGUUGAAGUAAAUACUACUUUUGAAGAUUUUGUGGCAAUAAUCAGUUCAACGAAAAGAUCAACUACAUUAGAUGCCGGAAAUAUCAAGUUGGCUUUCAAUAGUUUACUAGAAAAGGCAGAAGCUCGUGAACGUGAAAGAGAAAAAGAAGAGGCUCGUAAGAUGAAACGAAAAGAAUCUGCAUUUAAGAGUAUGUUGAAACAAGCUGCUCCUCCAAUAGAAUUGGAUGCUGUCUGGGAAGAUAUCCGGGAGAGAUUUGUAAAAGAGCCAGCAUUUGAGGACAUAACUCUAGAGUCUGAAAGAAAACGAAUAUUUAAAGAUUUUAUGCAUGUGCUUGAGCAUGAAUGUCAACAUCAUCAUUCAAAGAACAAGAAACAUUCUAAGAAAUCUAAAAAACAUCAUAGGAAACGUUCUCGCUCUCGAUCGGGGUCAGAUUCAGACGAUGAUGACAGCCAUUCAAAGAAAAAAAGACAGCGAUCAGAGUCCCGUUCUGCUUCAGAACAUUCUUCUAGUGCUGAGUCUGAGAGAAGUUAUAAGAAGUCAAAAAAACAUAAGAAGAAAAGUAAGAAAAGGAGACAUAAAUCUGACUCUCCAGAAUCAGAUGCUGAGCGAGAGAAGGAUAAAAAAGAAAAAGACCGGGAAAGUGAAAAAGACAGAACUAGACAAAGAUCAGAAUCAAAACACAAAUCACCUAAGAAAAAGACUGGAAAGGAUUCUGGUAAUUGGGACACUUCUGGCAGCGAACUGAGUGAAGGGGAAUUGGAAAAGCGCAGAAGAACCCUUUUGGAGCAACUGGACGAUGAUCAAUAAAUUAUACCAAAUACAUGUUUACAGUAUGAUUUAAAGUCUAAUUCUGACCAGGGACUCUAUUUUAAGUUCAAUUGAAAUAACACUGGGUUUUAAUUAUAUCACAGAAAAAAAAAGUGCAUUUAAGUAUUGUUAUUGUGGACUUUAUAAAUGCAAAGAAAAUUGAAAAUAACUUCUGAUUCUGUAUCAAGAAUCAUAUUUUCAUACAGUCAUAACUGUCUUUCUGUGACCCUUUCAUAGGGCACUGCAGGAUGGAUUAAAGGUGGCAAUUUACUGAUAACUGCAGAUGUCUCUACUUUGUUCUAAAGUCUAAGUCAUGAGGUGAUUUGAUUUACUUUAUAGAAGUUGGAUUUUGAAGAUAUGAUAAAAUUUUGAUAAUAUAGUAGUACAAAAAAAGCACCAGCAACUGAUAAAACUGCUUUUUUGUGCACUACCCAACUGGUUAAAGCCAAUGUUAUCUUUUAUGGUGAACUAAGAAAUAGGUGUUUUUGAUGUAAGCUUGGUAGACCCGUAAUUAUAGUGGUGCUAAUGAGCACUACUGUAAUAAAGCCACCAUUAUUUUUUAUGAAACAUCUGAAUACAUUUUAAAAAGGCUAUUGUGAGGGCAUUAUUUUGAGCAUCUAUUUUGAGGUGAUGUUUAAAAAGUUAACAUCAAAUCAAAUUGUAAAUUAGUUUAAAUAUAUUGCCUUAAGGACCUACUAAAGAAUGUGCCACCAAACUUUAAGUGAUAGUUGCUAUAUUCUUGUCUUAAAAAAAAAAAAUGAUGUUGACUUAAACAUUUUCUUUAACAGUUGUUUUUUUAAAUCCAGUCUUUCUCUUUUGCCUUUUUUUUUUUUUUUUUUUCCCCCAUUGAGGAAGUCUUUUACCUUCCCUGCUCACUGAGAAGUAUUGACUUCGUGGUACACAUUCUAAAGCAUUUCUGAUUUGAAUAUUUUUGUACAUUUUUAUCAAUUAUUAAAUCUUCUCUUCUAGUGUGUACUAGUAUUUAUUUCUACUUAAACUGCUCAGCUCUAAAGAAAUUGUAUGAUCAUUUUAAAGAUACUAAAUCCUUGAAAUUUUGCUUCAUCUUACCUACAUAGCUAGUUUACUUUCCUUUUUUUAAUAUUUAAGAAUAUUAUAAAUCAGUACAUUUGAGGUCCCUAGAUUUGUUUUUCAUCUAUGAAUUUCCUACAGAAUAUUUUAGAGAGGUAAUGGCUUGAAGAUAGAAUACUCUUUACAUGCUAACUUUUGCAGGUUGGUAAUGUAAUUUAUACUAUUUUCCUUCAGUGCAGGAAAUUUUUUUAAGUAAAUAAGCAAAUUUUAGCUCUUACGCUUUGGUAUUAUCUUAGGUAUUAUCUUUGUUAUUCUUUUAAUUUGGACAAUUUAGAAGAACAGUUUUUCCCUUACCAUCCUAAUGAGUUUGAAAGUGGGACUGACCAAGACGACUCUUUCUCAUCCUGCCCCAUGUUUGAAAUAAAUGUAGUGUCCACUGUUGAAAGCCUCAAAAAAGGGGGCAAAUUUGUUUCUAAACUUUUCUCUGCCAUGCCAUUUUUCUGCUAUGAAGUAUGCCACAAUUUUGUAGAAAGUAAGAAUCAUUAUCUUUGAGAAAAUGUGAAUCAAAUUGCUUGCUUGAGAUUAGUCUCCUAUUGUAUAUUAGAGUCAAAACACAUAACUUUGGCAACAAGAAGUUGCCUAGACUUAAUUUUCAGAGGUCCCAUUGCAAUGAUAGUUAAUAUUGCUAAUCAUGUCAAACACUUGACAUGGAAAUCAGUGGAAAAUCUUUAAAAUAUGCAUAUGCUAUUGGCAGGUAUACUAGUGAUGUUUCAUGAGAGAAUUUAGAAUCUGUAAAACUGUUUAAAUUACUUCCAUGAAUGAUGAUUUUUAAAGUACAAAUUUAAAGUUUUGAUUUUUCUAUUUAAAUAAAAAACUAUUGAUGUGUUUUAGCAUGUCCUCAAAA